GUGUUGUGUUGAUAAAUCACUUGUUCACAUCCAGACAUAAGUUUUGUUUAGUUACAAAGACUAUACUAAUUUGCUUGGCUGCCCAAGACUUCCCUUCCUUAGCAGUGGUUACACUUCAUAAACAGCAAGAAGUUACAACUGAAGAAGUAGCAGGAAGAUAGUUCCUGGUGCUUCAUGAUUGAUUCAUCCACAUUGUCUGAGCGACAGAAGAAGGACAUCUACCACAACUUUGGAAUUUGGGACCAUUCAAGUUCUAUUUCGUGCAAGAGGACAUUCAGUUCAUAAGACGCUUACCAUGACUUGAGAACCAAAGUUUUCUUUCUAACUUUCCACAAUGUCGUUCAAGAUAGUUGAUUUCCUUAAAAGCAGUCAGGCUUUCAACUUACAGGAACUAGUACGGUUCAGCAUUAACCGUGCCGUCACAGUGUAUAGCACCAGUCGCUAUGCCGGGGGUGACCAAAACAAAGCGUCACAAACUUCACUUGACGACACCGACCGAGAAUUGACGGAAAUUAUCACUUUCACUUUGGAAUCGAUGAACGUUGACCAAGAAUGCACUGCCCCAUCAGAUUUAAGUCACUUGGUUGAAAAUGUGUGCUACGGAGUCAUACAGCAAUCUCAUUUGCAUAUUCAUAAACAGAAGAUGUCAUGUGAUGAUCAACUGGUACAAUCUAUUUACAAACUCUUCGCUGCCGUACUAAGUAUUGAAGAGGCUGCUGAGUGUCAGCCAUUGAAGAGUAAAAUCCAAAAGGAUUGCUUAGUGGGAAUUUGUAACUACAGCGAGGAGCAGCGUGUUUUGGUCAACUUGUCGACAAUUGAUCACCAUGAAGAGCCCUCAACGCAUCAAGAUGUGAUCUUCUCUAUACAAAACUCACUUGGCGUUCUAGAUCAUCUACUGAACUCCCUCAAACUACUGGAUAACAAAACUGAAUGCAUCAGUAACCCUUGGUUUGAAGAGUGCUUCCCAUCACUUGUGGAGGUCUUAGAGUUCAGUGAGGCAACGAUAUGCUCUCACGUCUCAGGUAUCUUGCUCCCGAAACUCCUCAAGUCAUCUUGUUCCCAACUCCAGGAGAAGUUGACUCUAAUUUGGAAACGACUUCUACUCAUGCAUAAAUCUCAUGGAGAUGGUACAACUAGAUUAACGUCAAACGUCUACAUUGCUCUCUGUGGUUUAUCUGAAUUCUACAUUCCUGUUUUACCGGACUGUGUGGUGUCUUCUUCUAGCUGGAUGCUGAGCAGCCAUGACUUUUGGAGAGUUCUCCAAUCCGGUCUGAUCCACUCCGAUCCUCUCGCUCGUAAGCAAGCUUGCUUCCUGAUGAAGAGAGCGAUGGGGAAGAUAUCGAUUGAGAAUAAGAAACUGGAGUCGACUUCAGCGGUAAAUGAUGUGUCUGAACCCUCGUCAGAUGUGGCCUCGAGGAAUGGGAUUACUUCUGGGGAUGACGUUGCUCUAUUUUGGUGGUCAUCAGAUGUACAGGAGAAGCUGCUAGCAAUGUGGGCAGAUUUCUUCUUAUUGUACGAGGCACUAGAUGAAGUACAGGUUCAUGUUGUGAUGCCAGUGAUGCCCCGACUGAAAUCUCUCAUACAGUCUGCCUCCACCAGUCAGUCAGGAGUCAAAGCGAUGCUCCACACCUCUUGGCUGACCAUUCUCUUCUCAAGAAGCUUCGUUCAUGAAACCAAGACAGUGCUACAAUGGGGUCUCCUCCAGUACCUACAUUUAGAUAUCAACACUUGCCCUAUGAUACAACAAGGUGGAGUAGAGUUUUUCUUCAAUACGGUGCUCCCUGUUCUUUGUGAUGACAAUCUAUAUGGAGGUCAAGCUGUGACCUCGUUAGGGUCAAGGCCACCUGUUGCUGUGGCAUUAAGAGGUUUCAUCAACAAACUUGUCGCCGUGCUCGGAACAUGUCAAACAGAAGUUUUUCUGCGCAACUUUCUUCUGGCCGUCUCCCAGCAAUCCUGGAGUCCAAUUAGUUUGACAUUCAUCUUUGAGACGUUAACCAGUCUCCCAGAAUACAAUGCAUGGGGAGCUGCUGAACUUCAGUUGUUGAGAGAGAUGCAGUUUUCAUGUAUCAGCAUGUUGUCCGUCAGCUAUCGGAGUGUUGUGCAGUGUCUAAUGAUUGAAUCUGUACUCAAGCUACUAGAUAAAGACAACACUACUCUUCAUCAACUUUCUAACUUGCUGGGAAUCUUCAGUAGAAACGACUGCUUGGUUAGAGGAAGUCAUCUAUGGAACCAGGUUUGCCAGUGGUUUGGAGCAAACAGAGACAGCCAGCUAUUUAACUCCAAUGGUGACAUCAUAGCAACACUUAGGUCAGAGGUCACCAACUUGAUGACCUUUGACCCAUCUGUAUCAACUGCUCGUGUAGAUCUUGGUGACGUAGCAGAGUCUUGUAGAGUCUCUUGUUUGAUCUUACUCUCGGCGGACUCUCACUAUGAAAGGAUGGAAUCCCAACCUCCCAGUCCGUCUUCGUUCCUUCAGACGAUCUUAGAACCAUUGACUCAUGUCCUUAGUAGCAUCAACAGCCACAUCUAUCUACCCAUCAAUAAGACGGAUGCCUCCUUACAGCUUGUAUGCAGUAUCUUACAUCAUCUUAAACCAGCCAGGGAUGAGAGUGGGCAGGACAUCUCAGAUGAAGUCAGGAAAGAAUUAAGCAUCUUAUUGUCACCGUGCUUGGAAGAAAUCUUCUCCUUCAUUGCUAGACGGCUGUUAUCUGCGGAAUUGGCUCAGACCUCAGAUAUCAGUCGUGUAUCUCUCUACAUCUCUGUCCUGGAUUCUGUAUGUACAUUUAUGGUGAGGAGUCUGGGGGUCUCUGGGUGUGUUGCAGGAGUCAUCAGGAACGGAAGGACCAGACUACUAGACUGUUGCCUGUUGCUGUUGACUCAAGGCACUGAGUGUAGAGAGAGAGAUGCAAAGUUGAGCUGUUUCCAGACUUUUGUGUCUUGUAGUUUGUUACUCUGGUUACUACAGUCAUCGUCAGUGACUGAUUCUCUAGUGUUACCGUGGAAUAAACUAUUGCCAUUGGUUACCGUGGAAGCUGAUAAAGUUACCAUGAAGGCUGACUCAGACUACAGCCUUGCUAGUGGAGAUACAACCACUACACGUAAGAUAUCUAGCCUUCUACUAUGCACAAGAUGGCAGUGUAUUAGUGUCUUACUACGACGAGACCAUGCUGGUAGUCUGUCUUUCCCUGGUGCCCAGCCUCAUGAGACCAUCUUGGCUGCGUGUUUGAGAGAUUUGUCAUUAGUCAAAGGUCCUGAUGCGGUUCCAUUACUUCAGUGUGCUAAGCUGCUGGUUAGCAAGGUGAUUGAUGAGUCUACACCACUUUGCCUAGAUGUCGUCGACGCAGCCUGGUCAUCUCUACAGGAUGAAUGGAGAGGCAAAGCACAGAAAUUCUGGAUUCUUUAUUCUGCUGUGAUCGAGUUGAUCUUCCAACAUUGCUUCCUGGUUUCCGAAGACCCCAAGACGCAUGAUGCUGUUGAAAAGAUGUUUAGCAGCAUUCUGACUCUAGGAGAAGGCAAACCAAUGAUCAUCUCAAUCUUCAUAAAGCAUCUUUGCAACCAGUGGUUAGAUCAGAUGAGAACUGAGCCCAGAAUGACGUCCACUUUGCGAGCUGUGUCUAAUCAUAUCAAUCAGUUAUUGGAGGUGUGUGUGAUGGGAACCAGGGUUAGCAAGGAUACCAGGUUACAGCAGGAUACUAGUGUCUUCUUGAUCACAUUGGAUCAGCUGCAAUCUGUCAGGAAAGAACUCUCUAUAAGUAUGGAACAAAGGCCUGGUCAUAGACGGGUCAUUUUGCUGAACUUCUUGCUGACAGUUGCAAGAACAAAGACGUCAGAGUGCUGUCAACUCAUUACUGAUUUUGUACAAGGAUUAGUUAAGAAGUUCCUUGAGAUGAAGACUACAACAAGAAGAGGUUAUGCAAUGAACUCUCUGUUACAUCGAGAGAAUGUUAGACUAUGGCAGACUCUAUUGCUUCUUGCACCAUACAUACAAAAGGAGUAUGCCAGCGAGCUCUUGGAUAAUGUCUUAACAUCAGCAGUGAAGGAGAAGCAAUCCUCAGUACGUCAUCUCAUGGUAUGGGUGGCUAUUAGAGUAUUACUAUGUCAUCCUAACCUACAGGAGAUGGUGUGGGAUCAAGUACACCAGCUUAGAGAUACUUCAGAGAGUAACAUUUGCCCAUUGCUGAUUCUCAUUGCACAUCUUGGUGUAGUACAACCGGAUCUCAAACACAAGGAGUCAUUUUACAAGCGUGCUUUCCCAGUGCUAUUACCCCGUGCUUUGGUUCAGACAUCAUCCAUCAGACAUACAGGGCAGUUAUGCGUCAAGAAGCUAUGGCAGGAUUGUACCAGGGACGGGCUGCAGGGCGUCAUGGCGUCAUUUCCAGCAUUACUGGCUUGUAUGGAAUACCUUCAUGAUUACAAUCCCAGCGUGUCUUCACAUCAAAAGAUGGACAGCAACUUCUUUCUCUUCAAAGUUAACCCGUGUCAAGAUUACACCAUACAGACAAUUUUUAACCUCCUUCCGUACCUGAGCUCCAUAGCUGGUGAUGAACUCCUCGAAGCAGAGUCUUUUGAGAAAGAGUGUCCGUCACUCUGGAGGAAUGAUGUGGACUCUCAUCCUGUACUACCCCUGUACAAUCCACCUGAGUCUCAGAUUCAACAACAGUACCUAUUGGCAAGAUCUGUGAAAGGUCCAUCCGGUGGAAUUCCAUUUGACCAGACAUCGGCUGAAACAAGCGAGGAAUCCGAUAUACAGAAGAAGAUGAUUCCAUGGCAGUCAAUGAGCAUCCCUGGAUUUGAUGACCUGAGGUCAGAAGGUCAUGAUAGGUCAUCUGGAGGUAGCCUGGUUCUUGUGGCGUCACUCGUUAAUAAAGCACCCAAUCUAGGAGGGUUGUGUCGUACGAGUCAAAUCUUUGGGGUUUCGACGUUUGUUGUCAGCAGUCUGCGUGCUACAGAAGACAAAAACUUCAAAAGUGUCAGCGUGACUGCAGAAAAAUGGCUGCCUAUGAUUGAGGUUCCUGUGAGUGAUCUAGCUCCCUACCUCCAAUCAAUGAGGCAUCAGGGUUAUACUCUAGUCGGGGUUGAACAGACGGCUAGAAGCAAGUGUCUCACUCAAUACAGCUUCCCUCAACGCACUCUUUUAUUACUCGGGCAAGAGAGAAUGGGUAUCCCAGUGGAGUUAAUUCAACUACUAGAUGUAUGUGUUGAGAUUCCGCAACAAGGAGUGAUUCGAUCUCUCAAUGUACAUGUCAGUGGUGCUUUACUCAUAUGGGAGUACACAAGACAAAGACUAUUGGCUCAAAUGACCACCCAGUGACCACACUGAGUAAUCACUGAGUAACUUGUGCUCACUCAUUCUGAUACUCGAGAACACACGACAGAGACUACUGGCUCAAAUGACUGCCAGUGACCACACUGAGUAAUCACUGAGCAAUCACUGAGUAACUUGUCCCACUCACUCUGAUACUCGAGAACACAAGACAGAGACUACUGGCUCAAAUGACUGCCAGUGACCACACUGAGUAAUCACUGAGCAACCACUGAGUAACUUGUCCCACUCACUCUGAUACUGGACAACACAGGACAGAGACUACUGGCUCAAAUGAUCACCAAGUGACCCCUUAAGUGACAAUCGAGUGACCACAGAGUAACCACCGAGUAACUUGUCACUCAGUACUCAAGUCAAAGUCUACACGCUCAAUUGACCACCAGGAGACAACUGAGUAUUCACUAAGUAAAUUGUCACUCAAUCUAAAAAACAAAAAAAGACAAAAACUACUGGCUCAAAUGACCACAGAGUGCCCACUGAGUACACUGAGGGAUCACUGAGUAGUUGGCACCCAAUCUUAUAGUGGAAUUCUCAAGACAGAAACUACUGGCUCAAAAGACCACUGAGUGACCACAAAACGAUCACAGAGUGACAAAUUAAUUGUAGUUAUACUUUCGUAAAGUCUCUACCAAAUUAAAAGGCAGGGUGUACCUAUGUUAAUUUCCAAGGACCUUGGUGGGUGAUCCCAACCUAUGGAUAAGAUAACAAAUUUAGGCUCAAUUGGUCAUCAAAUAUGAAAGAAUUUAAUGACAGAAAGGCCUGAAGCCUUCUCUCAGAUUCAAAUGUUUUAGUCAGAAAUUACCUCUUUCUCAAAACUGAAGUUACCAGUACUUCAUUUUUUAUGCUAUAUGUAUUAUGAGUGAUUACCAAACAUGGACAGCACCUUUAAAAGGAUGAUUACAAUUUAUCAACACCACAGAUUUAAACCACAGAGUAUAUACUGGUCUAUAUUAAAGAAAAAGUUUCAUGCCUUAUGCUGUAUAUAUUUUGAAGUGCUUCUAAAAAGUAUAAAAUGUUUGACAAAGUAUCUGAAGGAAAAGAACCCCUCAAUAUGUAUGCUGUCAAGAUGUAAGUGCAGUAUUUUUUUAAGUUAAUCAAUAUGACCACUGUUUACUAAACUUUAUUACAAAAACCAUGUUUCAGAUAAUUUGUUUUGUUUAAAGGCAGUGGACACUAUUGGUAAAUACUCAAAAAAAUUAUUAUCAUAAAACCUUACUUGGUAACGAGUAAUGGGGAGAGGUUGAUAGUAUAAAACUGUGUGAGAAACGGUACUCUGAAGUGAUAUAGUUUUCAAGAAAGAAGUAAUUUUCCACGAAUUUGAUUUCGAGACCUCAAGUUUAGA